AUGUCGUUCUUCAAAAAAAUAACCAAAGAGUUCGAGGGCCUCGGAAUGAGCGAUAAGGACAAGCACAGCGAAGGAGAGGCCUCCCGCGGCUACUACGACCAGGGCGGCUACGGCCAGCCCCCACCGCAGCACUACCAGUCGCCGCCGCCCCAGCAGGGCUACGGUCAGCCUCAGUACGGCCAGCCCUACGGCCAACCCCCGCCGCAGCACUACCAGUCCCCUCCUCCCCAGCAGGGUUACGGCCAGCCGCCGUACGGCCAGCCUCCGCAGCAGCAGCACUACCAGUCCCCGCCGCCGCAGGGCUACGGCGCACCCCCCGCUCCCCCGCCGCCCAGCUUCGACCCCCCGCCGCUGCCGGCCGGCUGGUACAGCCACUGGGACUCGUCGCGCAACCGCGCGUACUACGCCGAGCCCGCCACGGGCCGCACGCAGUGGGAGGCGCCCGGUUUCGGGGCCGAGCAGUCGCGCGGCCCCGGCGGCGGCUUCUACAACGAGUACGGCAACGCGGCGCCGCCGGUCGGCUACGACCAGGGCUACGGGCAGCAGGGCAGCCACGGCGAGUACCAGAAGGAGUACUACGGCGACGUGGAGAAGAAGGAGAAGAAGAAGGAGGGCCACAGCACCGGUGCUAUGGUCGCGGCGGCGGGUGCGGGUGUGGUCGGUGGUGCGGUGCUGGGCGCCGUUGUUGCCCACGAGUUGGGUGAGGACUCGGAUGACGAGAACCACCGCUCUGCUCCUCCGCCGGACUCGAAUUACUACGACCCCGUCCCCCCGCCGACGGAUGACCUGCCCGACGAGACCCGCUCCGGUAGCUCCGUCUCGAGUAGCGACAAGGAGGAGUUGGAGGAGGCCCGCGAGGCGUAUGAGGAGGCCUACGAGGAGGCUUACGACUAA